AUGUCGUCGCUCUCUUCAGUCGCCGUGCUGCUUCUCUUCGCGACGCUCGCGUCGGCGACGUCGCGACUCAACGGCAACGUCGCCGACGCCUACGGGCAAGUCGCGGAGAAACUGCGAACGCUGGCGACGCUGCACGAGGAGCGAGGCCGGGUGCCGCCGAUCAGGACGUUCGGCGACUUUGUCGCGCAGGCCCGCGAGGAGGAGCGAAUGAGGAGACUCGUCCAUCAGCUCGACGUCGUCGAGGAUCGUCUCCGGCACAGCAACCUCGACUUGGGACGGCCGGCCGAGGAUUCUCAGCCCAAGAGCGAUUUAUCUUUGAAAUACGAAUCGAAAAAAUAUGGGAAAUAG